AUUUACAGUAUCGAAAGCCAAAAAAUGCCCAAAGUGCAUCAGUUCGUGAAGCCUCGAGACUUUGGGCCUUGAACUGCCGCCCUCGAGAUGACACUUGUGCUGUUCAUGUUUACUCGGCACGUUUAGGGUACAGUGUGUCUAAACACAGAAUGUAAGAUGAGCCAAUCACGAUGAGCCUGUGCUCAUGACACCUUCGUGCACACUGCACUGCUAGUCACAGCAGCCUUCCCCGACACCCGACACCCGGCACCCGACACCCGACACCCGGGAUCCCUCAUGUCAGGAAGCAUUUUACACACGUAACACAACUAUGGACAGUGUAGAUGAUAUUUCAAGUACGAAGCAGCGUCGAAGCACAACCCUGGUUUUGGUUGUCAUCGCCGUUGCCAUAGUGGGAGGCUUCACCAUCGGCAUUUUGAUUGGUCGCUUUGCCACGUGUCCUGAUGAGGAAAAUGCGAAAUACAAAAAGUCGGUGAAAGAAGCGGAUUCAACGAUAACUGAUCUUCUAAUGCAGUCUAUCAGCGCAGAAAACAUAGAAGUAAACUUAAAACACCUGACACAGAGUCCUCACAUCGCAGGAAGGGACCGCGACUUUGAGCUUGUGGCCUACCUCAAGAGUAAAUUUACAGAAUAUGGACUGGAUUCUGUAAAAUCCACGCCGUACCAGGUUCUCCUGUCGUAUCCAGACAACGAGAAUCCCAAUACUGUGCUGAUUGUGAACAACACAGGCGGGGAGACUAUCGUCUUCGACUCCACUUCCACCGAGAGCAACGUCUCUCAACUUGAGGGAGUUAUCCGCCCUUUUCUGGCUUACUCCCCCUCUGGUGUAGUCAACGUGAGUGUGAGCACAGACGGGAGUCCUGAGUGCUGACUAAGCGCAUCUAAAUAGCAAUGGAAUGAUAUUU